AUUAUUUUUGGACAUCCAAACUUUCAUGAGGGUCAACAGGAGGCUAUAGAAAGUUUUGUAAAUAAUAAAGAUACCUUAGUAUUAUUUCCAACUGGAAAAGGAAAGAGUUUGUGCUAUUCAAUUGGAUCUUUGCUCAUAAAUGGUAUUACCAUUGUUCUUAGUCCUCUAAAAGCAUUAAUUGAAGAUCAAGUAACGGAGUUGACCCAUUCUGGAAUACCUUCUUCAGUAUUAUAUGCAGCUUCAGAUAAACCACCAUCAUACCAAGAGCAAGUAUUUAGUGAAAUUGCUUCAAAAUUGGUACAAAUUGUUUAUUUGACACCAGAAAAAUUUAUAGCCAAUAUAAAACACCAAUAUUUUCGAAAUGCUUGGAAUGGUGUUGCAGAGACUCUAAAAAGAGAUUUUCAAAACUCUUCAAUAAUGAUGGUUAGUGCAACAAUGUCUGAAAAAGAUGCACAUAUUUUGUGUGAAAAGAUGAAGAUAGAAUGGAAUGAUCUUACCAUAAUUAGAUCAUCAUCAUUUGCACAUCCUCACAAUUUUUUGGAAGUCCAAGAAAAGAAAAAAUCAAAAAAAGAUGCUAGUUAUGGUCAAGUUGUUGAGGAAAUCAACGAAAAUCCUGCUGGAAGAUGUAUUUGUGAAGAUCUCAAAAUUUAUAUAAUUAGUGAAAUUACAAAUUGUGAGGUUGGCCUUUACCGUGGUAAUUUAUCUGGAAAAGAAAAACAUGUGUCAUUAAUGAAAUGGAAAACUGGAAAUACUAAAAUAAUUAUAGCAACAAAUGCUUUUGGCAUGGGCAUAAAUACUUCAGAUGUAUACCUUAUAAUUCAUUUCAAUAUUCCUUUGAGUCUUGGCCAAUAUAUUCAAGAAAGUGGGAGAGCUGGUAGAGAUGAAGAUGCUGGAGAGGAUGAAACCCCACAAAGAAGAAUUUAUCUUAGACAAAGUUUACAAAACCUUCAUGAAAUAAUGUUUUUUUGUGAAGAAAAAUAUAAAUGCUUGCAACAAUCAUUACUUAACUUUUAUGCAUGGUCAACUGAUGCUUGUAAAGCUGCAGACAACCCAGAUUUAAUCAAUGUAACUACAGAUGCAAUUAAAAUAAUUGAAAUCACAAGAAAGUUAUUUGAAGAAUUAGAAGAUAAUGACAUUGUAAGAGAUGAUAUAAUUGGAAUUUUUCUACAAUUGAAAAAUAAAAAAAUAAUUAACAGGAAAUUGAACAAACUUAAAAUUUAUGAGGAAUAUUUCAAUAGUAAUAGAAUAAUUAGAAAUUCGAAACAGGCAUUUCACUUACUUGACGAUUUGAUAACUAAAAUAAUAGAAGUAGUUACAAUGCAAAAAUCAGGUGCAGGAUUUUGGCUGACAAAUUCCAAAAUUAUAGAUAUUGCUGAGGAAAACAAUGACAAUGAUAAUGGAAUCACAACAUUUGGAAUAUGGGUUUCUGAACCAUCACAACUUCCAUGUAUGAUUUCCAUUUUGGAGGCUAUGUUUAAUAAUCGUGUAAUUGAAGUUGCAGAAGUCAUCUCAAAUAAUGUACCAGUUAAAUAUCAAUCAACAUACAUGAGAUCACCUUGUG